UGAACAGAGCCUAUAAAGGCGAGCUUGACCUGAACGGACGCUCAGUUGGAGCCUCACCUUGUUGAGAUAAUUAAUUAGCUCAUCCCAAAAACGGGUUGUUUGUUUUUGGGGGUUUUCUUUCGCGCGUCGUGAAACGUGCUGAAGUUUGUUUUUUGCUCAUGUUUUCCUCGUCUGGUCUUUUUGCUGAUAUACACUGUCCUUUCGUCAAACGUGGGCUCUGUGAGCGGCCUCACUGUUUGUACAAACAUGCCUCAGAAGUGCGGGAUAUGUUUGGUGCCUCAUCGAUAGUUGACUUUGCAGGAGUCCAAGAUGACAAUCCGUUUACUGACUGUGGAGCACCAGUGAAUGAUGUGACCAAAGCUGUCUGCCUCCAGGAGCUGGAGCGAAUCAACAAGGAGAUUGAAACCGUACGACACGAGGUGGAGCAGGAGCAAAGGCGACUAUCACAUUACCAGACUGUACAGGCGGACAGCAGAAACGCUGCAUCUAAUUUACCAGUUUCCAAGUCGGAGACUGCAGGUAAAACUGUAGAAAGAUGUUCGCACAGACUGUCUGGCACAAACUCUACUAAAACAUACUCCAGAGAAAGGAAGUACGUGGUUGACAACUCAAAACCAAGGACUGACUUGGAGUAUGACCCGCUGUCCAACUUUUCUGCUGACUUGCGGUCUUACAGCUCAUCAGGUAAAGAGCAAAAAGUGAAAAAUGGACAAGGUUUGAAAAGAGCAAGAAACUCUGUAUCUUGUGAUAAAAAUAAGCCAGUUAACUGUCAGACUCAGCCAUUGUCGGAGCCACUUGAUGACUCUAAUGAAGACGAUGUCCUGAUUAUAGACGUUCCUCCGUUGCCGGACAAAAAGCGAGGCAGAGUUCAGAAACCGAUUGCUCCUGUUGCUGGAAAAUCCCGCCAGGAUAAAGUAGAAGAAUUGAGAGAGGUCCAAACUAUUGUACUUGAUACUUCACCCCUGUGCCUUGCAAAUGUGGAGGUGUGCAAGGUCGCAUCUCAACCUGCCUCAACUGUAGAAGAAAAUAGUGUUGAUAGUAAUUGCACUGCAGAAAACAAUCAAGGUCCAUCUUCAGGUUUUGAAGACCUGGGAAGACAAACCCUGAAAAUCACUCCCUUUCAGGCUGCUGAAACUGUGGCUGAGAAAAGUCCUGAACCUGCAAGUCCUCCUGCCACCACAGACCAGCAAGAGCACAACUUUAACAAUCUGGUGGUGGAAAAGGAAGAAAAAGCGUUUCAGGUUGAAUUGCCGCAGGGUGAGCUGCCCUGUAGUGUUGAGAACAUGAAUCCACUGCAACCAUAUAACUUUCCACCGAAGAAUUCACUUUUUUAUAAAGCUCCAGCUGUUAACACGGACUCGCCAUGCAGGCCGUACACUGAGCAAGCCCAGACAACUGAGCCACCAGCUCAGAAUAGAGUUAGUAAUCAGUUGUCUUCCACAAGAUGUGUACCGCCACGCAGCCAGAAAACAUCAAGCAAAAUUCCAGGUCAGACUCAGGAAAAAGCUGUUGUUCACCGUGCUCCACCUGGAAGCUGCCUGGAGCCACCAGAACCAGUUUCAGGCAGAAGCCAAGGUCGUGCACAGCACAACUCGUCUUCAUCAAGUUUGACAAACAGAGCUGAAUCAUCAUCAUCUCUGUCAACUGAGCAGCUUUUGGGGGAAGAGAAAGAUGAGGCAGCAAUAAUAAUUGAUUCAAGUUCUGAUGAUGAAGGUGAGCUCAAUUAUUCGGAAAUAGAGCUGUCUGACAGUGACCCAAUGGAGGAAUGCUACAGGAUCUUCAUGGAGGCAAACAAUGAGGAUAAAGGAACUGAUGAGCAGCCUGAUGUGACUGUUGGAGCUACAGAUGCAGAGAAGUUGGAGUUUAACGUGAAACCACAAGUAUUGCCAGGAAAGAAGAGGGUGGCUCAUGAAGCCAAACACACAGAGCAGCCAGUGGCCAAGAGCAGGCCUCAGCCUCAGGUACUGGUUCCCCUACGUGGGCCUGCGGUGUCAGGAUUCGCCUCCCAGCCCUCCAUCACCACCAAGUUCCAGCAGGUGCAGGAGAAAGCCUCCAUGCUGACUGCUUCAGUUAAAGGUGGUCAGGCUUUUGUUUCCACAGGCUGUCAGAGGAGACCGGAGACCCAGAGUGCACCUUUUCCUUCAGCUCAAACCACUGAAAGUUUGCAGCCUGCUCUUGUGCAAAAUGCUUACAUGAACUACAUACCUUUGGGAACUGCCGUGAUCGGAGUGGGCAACAACUUGCACUUGAUCCUCCCAGAGGGUGCUUUCCCAUUGCCUGUUAGUUCCAGCCCAGUUACUUCAGUGCUAACCCCAAUCAGCCAAGUGCAGACGAGCUGUGUCGCUGUAAAACAAAUGUACCAUCCACCUGUAGUAAAUCCUCUGCACAGAUAUCGCACAACAGCACCUGUGCUCAUCCCUGCACUGGCACGUAAACCUUCACUGACCUCUGCCCUUGGAUCGGCACAUUCAAUUCCAGCCGCUCCCACUCCUCCUCAAGCUGCUGUGAAGCCGAUGCCUACUAAACGUAAAUUGAAGCAGCAGUGCGAGACCGCCAAGGACAAAGUGCCUCAUGACAUCCGACAGCGUUAUGUCAACAUGUUCACAGAGGAGUUCCUCAAAACAACAACCAAUGUUAAUGAUGCCUUUGAGAAGGCACUUGCUGAGGAGAAGACUGUGUAUAACCGCAGUGUGAACAAACUCAAAUAUCUGAGCAUUGCAGUGAAUGCACUGAAGAGGCUGAAGAACCAAAGUGCUGUUACUGCUAAAGAUGAAAAUGAAGUCAACAGUCAAAGAUUCAAAGGCAACAUUCCACUUAACCUGAAGAAGUUAAAAGGAAAUGCAGAUGAUAUGGCAUUGUAUGACAGUCUGAAGGACUAUAUUUUGACUGAGGAAAGGCUGAUUGAGAGCAACUACCCUGUCCAGCAUCCAGAGAAACCUGGUUCUGCUAUUCUGUUUGAGGACAAUAAGAAAAGCAACACAGACCCCCUCAAGAGGAUCUGUUGUCGAUGUGGGGCUACAUACUCUGUGAGCCAAACAGGCAAACACACCCGGAAGGAGGAGUGUAAUUACCACUAUGGGAAAGGAGUUAGAAGUAAAGUGCCAGGUGGAGUGGAGACCCGCUACAGUUGCUGUGAGGCAGUAAUGGGUGCACCUGGAUGUCAGGUGUUUAAGUUGCAUGUCCAUGAUUCCCUCAGCCUGGAUGGGUUUCUCUCGACCGUCCCCAGACAUCCCUCAGAUACGAGCUGUCCUGGGGUCUACUCUUUGGGUUGUGAAAUGUGUUAUACCAUUCAUGGUCUGGAGUUGUCCAGAGUGACGUUGGUCAACUCUAGUCUGCAAGUUGUCUAUGACACCUUUGUCACACCGGAUAAUGAGGUCAUCGACUAUAACACCAGGUUUUCAGGCAUCAGUGAAGAAGAUGUGAGGGGUAACCACACCUCCCUGAGAGAGGUGCAGGAGACCUUAAUGAGCUUCAUUAGUGCUGACACCAUUCUGAUUGGACACGGCCUGGAAACAGAUCUCUGUGCCCUAAAGUUGCUCCAUAGGUCAGUGGUGGACACAUCAGUGGUCUUCCCCCACCGUCUGGGGCCCCCUCACAAGCUGACCCUCAACAACCUCACUGCUGAAUACUUAAGGAGGAUCAUCCAAGAGAGUGGUGGGUCAUCAUGGAAAACUACAACCACCAUACAAGUGUCUCUUUUAUUUAUAUAUCCAGUCUGUUUUAAACCCCACUAUACAUCUGAAUCAAAACCUAAAUUCAAAUAAAUGAAUGGAUCAUAAUCAGGCUACAAAAUUAGAAGUGAAACCUGCCAUGCAUUAUGUAAUUGCAACCAUGUAACUGAUUUCUAGCUAAUACAUGUUUUGUCAGUGUGUACAUUUGUUUAAAUGUACCGUAUCAAUGUUUCUCCCAGUUUGUGGCCACGACACUGCCGAAGACGCUGCUGCCUGCAUGGAGCUUAUGUUAUGGAGGGUCAAAGAAGAUGGAAAAAUGAAAAAAUGAUACAUACACACCCACACAAUUAUACUAAUGCAGAUAUGAAUGUCACAUUUCUGUGUAAAGCUCUUUUGGCUCUGUUAUGAUAACAUGGAAGGGCUGUUUAUUUUUCAGUUAAAAUUGUUGAUUUGCAGCCCAUGUCUGUAUAAAUAUUGGUAAUUCUACUGUUGUUUAUGUGCAAGAAUACUUGCAGGGUUGGGGUGUCAUUCAUAUUAACAAAGUAAAGGCACGGAAUUAAA